CCAUCGAAAUCUGACGAUGGUCGUCAAUUUCUUUCCAGUACUCCGCCAGGGGAAAAGAGGCUUGGCCGUGGCCAUGGUUACCGGGAAGGCACCGCCUGUCAUUCAGGAAAGCCUGCAGGAACUACGUUUACCCGAGCAGCGGUAGUGUGCACUGGCCAACGCGAGCCUGGGAGGCGGGGCUUCCGGCGGUCUCGGUUGUCUGUUUGCAGACCGGCUUCGGGCCACAGGGGUGGUCACGAUUGGUGCGGGAGGAACCGGGCGUGCUCUACCCUCUCCAAGAGGUUCUUGGAACCCAAGACUAGGGCAAGUGAGGACGGUACUCGCAGCUGCCCGCUUCGGGCCGUGGCUCAGCACACGUCGGCUCUGCAAGCCGGCGGCCCCUCCUCCGAGCCUCAGUUUCCCCCAUUGAUUUGUAGGUGACGGUUGAGACCUUUAGGGCCGUUCCCAGAGCCACGUAUUCUCCAUUUUAGCUGCAACCCUUCAGCAGUCCUCUGGGCGUAUAACGUCCUUGUCUAAACCGGGAAACUGAGGCCCCGGCGGGCUGCGCGUGGGCUAUGCCCAGGUCUUCUGCUCGCCGUGCCCCGCCCCCAUUACCGAUUCCGACGGCGGCGACCUGGCCACCAACAGAUGCAGCGCUGGGCCUGAUGGCCUUUGAGGAUGUGGCUGUGUACUUCUCCCAGGAGGAGUGGAUGUACCUGGAUGCAGCCCAGAGAGCCCUGUACCGCCAUGUAAUGCUGGAAAACUUCGCACUUGUAGACUCCAUAGGUAAAGUCCUGAAUCCUCCAUUGGAAGCAAAACUGGGACCAGGACUCUCUGUCUCUCGGCCUCGUGUGAUCAUCCAGCUCCAGCGUGGCGAGGAACCUUGGGUUCCCAAUAGGACAAAUACAGGCCCAGGCACUCACAGGAGCACCCACAGGAGACCCAGCCUUGGAUCCAAUCACAAUGCAAGGGAUAGACACGCGUCUGGAAAUGCAGCACUUCUAGGGGCCACUUGUGACAGUCCUGAUGGAAAUCCCACUAGUGCCCUUCCCCCUGCUGGUGCCUGCGCUGAUGCAAAAAUCCUGGAGGGACACCAGAGUGCCUUCCCAUCUCUGCAGAGAAAACCCACAGGGGUAUCUGUGAUCUAUUGGGAGCAGCUACUGCUAGGUUCCAGCAGCAAUGAGGCAACUGUUAGCCUGCGAUUGACUUCCCCAGUGGGAAUUCCUGAAGAGGGUUCAUCCGGAGUGAAGGCCUUGUCUGACCUUCUGACCCCAGAGAAGCAGCCACGAGGAGCUGUACAGCAAAAGCCAGAGUUGCAGCUAACCCCAGGGAGAGUCUUCCCAAGUAUCCCAGAUCUCCAUGGGGCUGAGGAAGAACGUGGAAUGAGUGGGGCUUGGCUCGAAUCUCAGAGAGACUCCAGUGUUCCAGAGCCCCCACUAUGGGACAAGCUGGGGGAGGCCUUCCAGGCUGGCCCAGGACUUCUCUCUGGGGACAAACCUUUUGAAUGCAGGGCAUGCAACAAAGUAUUCGUGAAGAGUUCAGACCUCCUCAAGCACCUGCGCACCCACACGGGAGAGCGGCCUUAUGAGUGCACCCAGUGCGGCAAGGCCUUCAGCCAGACAUCACAUCUGACUCAGCACCAGCGCAUCCAUAGCGGGGAAACGCCCUAUGCAUGCAUGGUAUGUAGCAAGGCCUUCCGACACAGCUCCUCAUUGGUGCGCCAUCAGCGCAUCCACACGGACGAGAAGUCCUUCCAUUGCAGUGAGUGUGGCAAGGCCUUCAGCCAUGGCUCCAACCUCAGCCAGCACCGCAAGAUCCACAUGGGAGGGCGGCCCUAUGCCUGUGCUCAGUGUGGCCGCCGCUUCUGCCGCAAUUCGCAUCUCAUCCAGCAUGAGCGCACACACACCGGGGAGAAGCCCUAUGCUUGCUCCCUCUGCGGCGCAGCCUUUAGCCAGGGCUCCUCACUCUUCAAGCACCAGCGUGUGCACACCGGAGAGAAGCCUUUCUCAUGCCCACAGUGUGGCCGUGCCUUCAGCCAUAGCUCCAACCUCACACAGCAUCAGCUGCUGCACACUGGCGAAAGGCCCUUCCGCUGCGGGGACUGUGGCAAGGCCUUUGCCAAAGGCGCAGUGCUGCUCAGCCACCGGCGCAUCCACACGGGUGAGAAGCCCUUUGUGUGCACGCAGUGUGGCCGCGCCUUCCGUGAGCGCCCAGCCCUCUUCCAUCACCAGAGGAUCCACACCGGAGAGAAGGCCCUUCGGAGGCCCAGAGGCGGCAUGCACUCCCAAGUCAGGUCUCUAGCGGCAUCCUUAGAUGGUACACCUCCCAAGACUACCCUGGACUCUGGCAGCAGUCCCAAAGCUAGCUGAGGCCUGAGGUCACAAUUGUGCCCUUCCCUGCCUUCUCUGAAUACCUCUCACUCACUGUUGAAGAGCCUGUGUCCUCAGCAAACCCAUUGAGAAGCCCUGUUAUGUGAGCCAUGUAUGGGGAAGACUUGCCAGUUGGUACCAUUUACACAUGGCAAGACCUGUUGUUCAGCCACAGUUCACACCUACACCCUGAAAGAAGCCAUUCUGGAGAGGCAUCCGGAGUAUGCAUGUGCCCCCUGGGACUGGUGGAGCAGACAAGGACUGCCCCCAGAAUAGGUGGGUAACCCACAAACAUUAUCUUCAUGUUGAUGCCACUUCUGUAUUUCCUAACUGUGGCUAUGAAAACCAGGUGGUGGUGGUGCACACCUUUAAUCCCAGCACUCGGGAGGCAGAGG